UUCCACAACAAAAGAGUGUUGUUACGUCUUGGGGUGGGAGGGGGUUCAGUUUGACGUUUAUCUGAGGGACAGAGAGGCGAGAGAAUGGCGAGGAAACGGAGAUACGAGUUGUCGGUGCACGUGGAAGACGGGAGUCCUAUGGACACACAGGUGCUUUCAGUCUUCCCUGAACUGGACACGAGGACCAAGAAGCAUCUGAAGGAAGUGGCGUUCAGCCUUGUUUACGCCCUUGCCGUGAUGCUGGUGGCCUACCUGCAGCGGGACUGGCUGAGUUUCUACCAGAGGGAGGCGGUGGAACAGCUGGUGGUCAGGCGACGCUCUCUCGCCGUCAAACCGUUCUCAUACAUCAAGACGUCAUCUUCCUUCUGGACCUGGACCGAGACUCAUCUGAUGGAUGCUCUAUAUGACGAUGGGAACGAGAACCCCCUCCAGAGCCACUCGUUCUACCAGGUGCAGUGGUCGAAACUCAGACAAGAGCGAGUAUCAAAAGAUGUACCUUUCACAAUCCCCAAUGACGUCCUAUCGAGUACGUUCGGUCACUGCAAGGAGCCGUUCAGUUCUUACAACAAAGACUGGCGGGACUACGGAGUCGGGUGGACCCCGAGAAAUGACACCGGCCAGAACGUCACAGACCCCGCACUGUUAGCCUGGACCCAUAGGACGGCGGAAGAACUUCGAGAGGCGUCGUUUCACGGGAUACACGGAGUUUAUCACGGUGGUGGUUACCAGGUGGAGCUCAGCAGGAACCGAACCAAGACCGUCGCCAUCCUCCGGGAUCUCCGAAGUAACGACUGGAUUGACGAGAAAACCCGAGCGGUGUUCGUGCAGCUGACCCUGUACAACCCGAACUCCAACCUGCUGACGACAGUGCUGUUGUCGGUGGAGUUCAGCGUGAUCGGAGCCGCUUUCCCUACGCACGAAGUCCUGGUCUUUCCGCCGUACUUCGGCAUCGUGGACCUUCCCGUGUCCUUCCUGGCGUCCGAGAUCUUCCUGCUCCUCCUGUCUGGGUACUUCGUGUAUGUUGAAGGUUGGAGGAUGUACAAGAUGUCCUUCCAGUACUUCAAAGAUUUCUGGCACAUUCUGGAUUCUGUAAUCAUUGCAGAGGCCUUUGGUACCUUUGGGGUCUUCUUCUACACCCAGUACGUCGCCGACGUCAUCUACCAUCAGAUGGAUGCAGUAGACGAAGAAGGCGCAUGGGGGAGCUUCGUCAACUACAGGAAGGUGGCUAUUUGGUCUCAGACGUACACGUACAUGCUGGGUAUCCUGAUCUCCCUGAUCACGGUCAAACUUCUCCAUGUUCUAGGCUCCAUUGUCAACGGCGUCACGUUCUUGUCGGCUACAAUGUGCGAGGCCGCCGCGUCCCUGUCCGGAUUCAGUGUCAUCUUCCUUAUCUGUGUGGCGGCCUUUGCACAAAUGGUGUAUCUAGUCGUGGGAAACCACCUCUUCACGUACAGCACCUUCGUCGGCACCUUGCAAGAGAUGUUGAACUGGAUGCUGGGAGAUUUCGAUUACGAUCUGGUGACCGACGUUUCGCCUCAUCUCGGCCCAGCGAUGGUUUUCCUGUUCAACAUCUCUUUCCAGCUGUUCCUGAUGAUGGUGUUCGCCACGAUCCUGUGCGAGGCCCUGGCGCUGAUCCGUGUGCAGACCGAGGAGGAGCCCAGACGGGAUGACCUCCCUCCUACCCUACAGACCAUCGUCAUGGAGGGGACCAAGUCCCUGCGCAUGCGCUACCAGCAGGCGAAAGCAGCCAGGAAGUACAGGGAUGUGGUUGUGUACGAGUUCGAGACCACGGAUGCCACCGGAAUAGAACUGCUAUGUUUUGAACAGUCCUUCGAAGACCGCAAUGGCGCAGAUGUGACCGGCCUCUGGUUGACUGGCGGGGCAGGAAAAAUGUAAUUUGUCCCUGAAUAUGUAUAUCAGAUCUUCGUAAGUCGGGACAAGAAUAAGAAUAAGAAGGAUACGACUAUAUUGUCAGUCACGUUGUUGUUGGAAAUAAUGAGAAUAUUAACGUUACAUAUUUUGGAGAAAUACAUACAUGAUUAUA